UCUAAGCGCAAUACUGUAGUUAAGGCCAAAUCUAUGGGCCCAUCUUGUAAAGAUAAGUGCAGGUUCCAAUGCUCUAAAAAAGUUCUCCAGAUCGAGCGCGAGGGUAUCUUUGAACAGUUUUGGUCACCUUCCAAAAACCAUCAACCUUAAAUGACAAUUUGUUCCCCCAAAUAAAAUAUCGGCUGAGGUAAAGGAUACCAUAAGAGACCACAUUUUGAAGUUUCCAACAGUAGAGUCUCAUUACAGUAGAG